AUGAUUGCUGAAAAAAUGAAAGCUAAGUCGUCUGAUAAAAAUCCAAAUGUGAAACUUGGCCAAAAUGUAAGACUGAAAGUACCGGACAUUGACAGAGCUAAAACUGACCCGAAAAGCAUCAUUGCAGUUGUAAUAGAUGUAAAGGACAACGAGUUUUACCAACUAGGUACCAAUAUUGGAGUACUAAAACAGCUUUACACACAGAAUCAGUUUACCUCAUGCUCUGAAGAUUUUAUUACGAUAGAAGAUGUUGUUAAAGAGAAAGAAGUGAGUCUUCGCGAAGUUGUUGGAAAAUUGUCGUUGACUGGAGGACAAGGAUUCAAAAAAUGUAACUGUCUCAAAAAAUGCUUGUCGAAGAAAUGCGCUUGCAAGUCAUCAGGAUUACUUUGUAAUUCUAAGUGCCACAAUAGCACUCCGUGUUGUAACAAAUAA